AUGGCCGCAGCUUCUUUGGAUCCUCCCGAUCCACUUGAUUACAUGUAUGUGAGAUUCCAUUACUUCGGCUAUUUUGUGAGGAAGGAUGGACAGGUUGAUUACCCAGGAGAGAUACAAGCAGAAAUGUUUAUUCCAAGAGACAUGCUAAGUUAUGCAGAAUUGUGUUUAUAUACUGAAGAUUUGCAUCAGGUAGAAAGAGGUCACUGCAAAGGAAACUAUACCUACAAGCUGCACUGGUUAGUUCCAGGGGAAAACCUGUCAAAUGGACUUCUUUUUCUGCAAUACAAUGAUUCAGUUGCACAGGUGGACAAUGCAAUUUCAUAUGGUGAUUUUGCUGACAUUUAUGUGGAGGAAUUGGAGCAUGUAGGUGAGUCUGAUCUGCACAUUAUGGAAGCAAUUCAAGAGCAUUUUGAGCAGGAGGACACAUGUCAGAGGGAGACUGCAUAUAGUUAUGAAGGUUUGGUCACAGUUGAUGUUGGUGAAACUUACUCUGGGCAUAGAGGGACAAGAGUACUCUGA